AUGGUUAUACCAGCAUCACAACAUAAACUCAUUAAAAUCUCACGCACAAAUCAACGAAUCUUCAUCAAAUUCGCAUGUUGCAGCUCGAUUUUAGCAUGCAUUUCAAAUCUGAUUGGUAGCAGUACCAAUAAUUGGCUUUAUACAGCUGAAGUGCUAAAGUAUUAUGUGUUCCCAAAUCGAACAACAAAUUUCGAUGAUUUCAACAUCAAUCAACCAGUCUAUUUCAAGAACGCUUCAUUUGGCCCGUGGCUGUUCUGUUGGCUUGAUCGAAUCGCUAAUUUCGCGUGCAUUAUCGUGUAUAUGUCGGCUGUUUCUAAAGAGGUUGGCAAUAAACAAUAUCCAGCCACCGAAAUGGACGAUCCACUCUUCCACUAUUCAUACGGCUAUUCGUUUAUUAUGCUCAAGGCAUCCUUUUUGGGCACAGAAAUAGCUGCUCUAUUCUCAGUGCUUGUUUAUAUGGCGAAGCGUGACGAACGAACUUACAAUCGUUAUCACAUACGGUUAAUUGCUUUUAUUGUCGUUACCAUGAACAUACUCGUUUCAAAUGUCUCGAACGGACUUCCCGGUUCAUUUUUCUUUGUUUUUCCUUGA